GUGUUUCUCAAAAUAUUUUCAGCUGUUCUCACAGUGUAGCUCAUACAGAUAUCUCAAGGGGACAACGAUAUGAAUGGAGAACCAUUUCUCGUGGUAGCUGUGGUACUAGGAUUUGUGUGGAUUGCCGGCUCCAGUGGCCAAGAUUUCAAUGAUCCUUGUCCCGUGCACAUGAUUUAUUGUCCAAAAUCAAGGUCGUGUGAGGACAUCUUGUCUUCAGCAUGUGCGGCGCCAGUGUGUAAAGAUUUGAAAAUUCCAUGCGACAAUGAGUCCAAAUGCUACCGUCUGUCAGAUCGCUGUGACCAGAUAGCAGACUGUAAGGAUGGAGUUGAUGAACUGUUCUGCUUUUCGUAUCUCACACCGUCCAGACGCAAGUGUAUUCUGACCGGCAAGUGCGACACAAUCACAACCACAACAACAACAACGAGAAGGCCGUAUUGCAGCAUGUAUUCCUGCGACUUUGGCCAAACCUGCUACAUUGAGUACGAACGCUGCGACGGCUUAACGAAGUGCAAUGAUAAGUCAGAUGAGAUGAACUGUUAUGUGGACUGUGGCAGUCGGUUUAGAUGUGAUGACGGGCAAGGCUGUUACUCCUCUGCCUCUCAGUGUGAUGAUUAUAAUGAUUGUGUAGAUGGAUCAGAUGAGGCCAACUGUCCUACAAGAGCUACAGGUUUGAGUGUGGGGCCUAUCGUAGGAGCAGUGGUGGGCAUCAUUAUACUAACAGUCCUUGUCAUCUGCCUCAAGUCUGUCAUGCAAAAGGCAGGGAGACGGGAAAGCCCGGGUGCAGUGGCAUACCACACAGCUGCCAACUAUCGCCAAGCCAACUCCAUGUUUCAGAGCUCACAUACCUACAACAACAACAACAGCAGUAGUUCUCAGUCAUAUCCUCGGUCAGCAUCCUCGGCCACCUCGGCCAAUGGACACAGCGGCAAUUCACCGUAUGCGACCUCCAACAGUGGUCAAACAGGGGCUACAACGACCUACCCUCCGCAGUCUCCAGCGAGACCAGAACAUUUCCCACACAAUGAUCCUUCCAGAUUGCCAUACACUUACCCGGUAUCGGUUGAUCCAGCUGGCCCAGAGUCACCCCCCUGCGCCCCACCUCCAGCAUACGAAACACUGUUUCCUCAGAAAUAGGUUUCCAAGCUCACUUAACUAUGCAAGAAAAAAUGACUAAAUGGUACAUGUACUUCAACUGUUUGAAUCUCAACGACUGCAUGUGUAUUAAAUAUUAGAGUUGUAAUUAAGAGAGAUGAAAUGUUUGAUGUCACUGUUCAUGUAUAUAUUGAAUAAUAGUUUAUUCAACCUUCUAGCUCGUGGUGAUAUGACUGAAAAAUUGUUGAGUACAACGUUAAACCCCAAGCACUCGCUCAGCCGUCUCGCAGCCUGCUGAUGUCUAUUGGUUUCCCCAUCCCAUCCCGGUGUCCUCUCACCAUAAUGCUGGCGGCCAUCAUGUAAGUAAAAUAUUUUAGAGGACAGUGUAAUUACCAGUCAAAUAAAUAAAUAUGUUUUGUUGCUGAUUGAUAAAUGUAUAAUGUACAUGGAGGAACUUUUUAAUCAAGGAUAUUUGUAAUGUUAAAGAAUUGAGUAUCAGCACUUAUACACUGUAUGUAUACAUGUGAUGGAAUUAAGCCGUUAUGAUUUGCAUGCAUAUUGGUUAACUUGAAGUGUAUGAAAUGCCCUUUUCCUGGCAGUGUUAUACCAGUUUUCCCCAAUGUAGUGAAGAUAUGAAGCAAAUCAUGAGGAAGGAGCAGUUUGAGAGGCUUGGUCUCCACCCAUCUCACUCAUUGGUUUGGCUGUGUGAGAACCUUGGUCUCCACCCAUCUCACUCAUUUGUUUGGCAGUUUGAGAACCUUGGUCUCCACCCAUCUCACUCAUUG